AUGUCAAAGUAUAUUUCUGGUGCUGCAAUUUUUAACCAGGGUCUAGAUAUCAUUCCUACUCGUGAAGACUUGCAGAGCAACAACGAGCCCCGACAACUCGCGACUCUUCUUCAGGUGAUAGGCAACAUGGCGAUCGGAAAGGACAUGUCUAGUUUCUUUAACGAAGUCACGGCGUUAAUCUCAUCAAACAAUCUUAGAAUAAAGCGGUUAGUGUACAUUUAUUUUAUCCAAAAUUGUCGUGCGAAUCCUGAAAAGGCUGUCUUGCAUGUUGGAUCCUUAACAAAAGAUACCUUACAUAACUCUCCCCUCAUUCGCGGUGCCGCACUGCGCGCUAUGUCAAGCUUACAUAUACCUAUUAUGGCAGACGCUGCGACGGCACCGAUAAUCCGAUGCUUAGAGGAUUCUGAUCCUUACGUCCGCAGUAUUGCCGCAGUGGGUGUGCUCAAGCAAUAUACCAUCACACACUUAACUUCUUUUGACUAUGGAUUGAUUGAAAAUCUCAAAAAACUACUUUAUGAUCCCAAUCCUGUAGUGUGUGGAAUGUGUGUACAAGUCCUCCUAGAAUUGCACAACAGACAGGCUUCAGGUGGCUUGUUGAGGGCCAUCUCUGAUGCGCGCCCGCACCUUUUAACAAUACUGGAUGAGGCAACGGAGUGGUCAACAUACUAUAUCUUGCAAGGAAUUGCAGCGUCCUUCCGGUGUGCGUUUUCAACCUUGAUACCCUCUGGUGCCAAUCAUCUGUAUGACACUGUGGCACAUGAUAUAUCCAUGAAAGAGAACGAGGAAGUUAUAAUACAAAUUCUACCGUACCUUUAUGCCUCUAAUAGUGCCACGGUGAUGGCUGCCGUAAAGCUUGUAAUGCUAUUUCUGAGGUUCACAACGAGGCAAGAUGAACAUUUGUCAAAUGACUAUCGAGAAGCUCUUGAUCGGCGCUUCGUUACGCCCAUCACUAAUGCACUGGUUUCUUUAGUUCACACAUCUCGCUGCGAGAUUCGGUACCUGGCACUGAAAAAUAUUCAACUGUUUCUUUCUACACGCUUUUUGCGCUUUUUUGAGCCUUGUCUUGGCAUUUUUUUUGUUCGGAAUGAUGAUCCUAUUUACAUCAAGCUAGCUAAGCUUGACGUUUUAGUUGGAUUAGCCAAUGAGUCCAAUGGGGCGCAGGUCCUGUCAGAGUUGGAGGUUUAUGCCAGGGAUACCGAUGUAGAGAUCUCCUCUAAGAGCAUUCGAUCGAUUGGUUUGUUGGCUAUAACUAUUCCAUCACUUGCACCCACGUGUGUUAAGAAGCUAGAGGGUCUCAUUCACACAAAAGACGCCCACAUUGUCGAGGAUGCUGCAGUAGUGGUGCAGAACGUGCUUCGGCAGUACCCGGGUAGCUUCUUGGGUGUUAUUCCUAUUGUGUACGAGUCACUAAGCCUUCUAGAUGAUGAGGACGCACGCGCAGCAGUAGCGUGGAUCAUUGGGGAGUACGCGGACCAGGUACCGCAAGCCAUGGAUUACCUCCAGGUCUUUGUCAGUAAUUAUAUGAAAGAGCCCUUUAGGGUUCAGCUUGCGGUGCUUACUGCACUUGUCAAGCUGCGGGUGCGCGGUGUAAGUGGGAAGUCUUCGGAGACGGUACUAGAGAGCCUCGAUGUUGUCUUAGCGCAGUGUGCGGAGUGUCAGCAGCCAGACCUUCGUGAUCGCGCCUUCUACUAUCAGAGGUUGCUUGCCACCGAUAUCGUCAUGGCGCGGCAGAUCCUUUGCGAGGCGCAGAACGUGUCGUUGCAGAUGCCUAAUUUUCCCUACGAGCGCAAGACACAGAAAUAUAUAUUUGAGGAUCUUGGGUCUCUUCAAUCGGUGAUACACCAGCCAGUCCAGCAUGCGCUUGGGAAGUCUAUCGAUGGAGGCGGUGAAGUUGACACCGGUCGUUAUUUCUCUUUUGCUAGCAACCUUGAUGACGGCGAAGAUUCGGAGGGAAAGGACUCCGAGGCUAGCCUCCCCGAGAUGGAGGCAAUUUCUUCGGCACAAAGGGACCACUUCAAUGACACCAUCGAGGAUGACGAGCGAAGGGAGCGCACGCCCAACACGAUCGAGGAAAGCAUCCAAAUAGGUGCGGAUAACAGUAUUGGUCAGCGCGACGGCAUCUUUUCUUCGCUCACAGGGGGUGUCUCCAUAUCGGAGUAUAUGCCAAACACUAGUCCGUAUCAUCGUUUUGUGGAUUCCGGAAGCCCGCCCGCGACCGUCGCUGUCGCAGCUGGGAUGAACUACCAGGUUGUUUUGCCCGCCGCUGAAGGCGGUGGGGUCGAGGUCGCGUUGCGUUGGUCGCAGCUAGGGGUGAAGCUCGUCCUGAACUGCCGCGUGCGGCUGCAUCGCGGCGACGACUACGUCCGCCGCGCGCGGCUCACCGACCUCCAAAUCAACCGAAACCUCUUCAGCCUUGGCGUGCAGCAGGUGUUCCCCGCGAUAAGCCUCGAGGCGGACGACAAAUCCAGGGAGGUUGGUUUAAUCAUUUCCUGCAACAACGAGCGGAAACCGACGCGGGAUCUGGAGGUUGCACUGGAUAUCAAGCCAGUCGGGGUGCGCUACGUGUUGGCGCCACCCGUUCCACCUGUUAUGCUGCUGUUGCCCGCCACGGGCUGCGACGUGGCGGACUUCCUAGGGUGGUGGAGGGAGAUCCCCGACCCAACAUGGUGCGUACCGUCGUCGAUUGUGUGCGGGAAGUGCGAGGAAAGCCGCUUCACCCCUAACGCGUUGCGGGUGCACUGCAUUAACUUGGUCCACCGCAAGGACCUAGCUCCGCCCGGACUGACGUCAUUCUUUCUUCACGCAGAAACUAUCGGGCGUGACCGGCUUCUUGUGGAUGUGACCGUCUACCGUGAGAGGUUGUUACUUCUCACAGUACGUUGCAACUACGCACCAAUCGCGGCGUUUUUUGGAGAAUACAUCAAAAAUUCUAUAUGUAGCCAUGCAUAA